AUGCUCUGCUCACUUUGUCAGGGCAUGUCCCUCCAGCGGCUGGUGGGCCUCGCCAAGCGCGACUUCCGAUCAGGCUUCUUUCCCAGUUCGGACUACUACCACCACCAUGCGUCCUUUGCCGAGCUCGAGGCAUGCGCCACCGGGACCAACCACAACGGGUGUUACCUCUGUCUGUUGAUUGUCGACUGUUUUGCCAGUGCGCAGCACGACGCCAGCAACCCGCUGUGGCCCGUGCCGCCCAAGCCGGGAAUGGCAGCCCCGGCGGGAGUACCCGCGCCUCAUGCGGCAGGCGCGACCAUGCGCGACGUCGCCCGCAAACUCCCUCAUUCUGACGUCCGCAUCGCCCUCCGCGCCCGGCACGCGGCCACGGGUGCCACCAUCCAGCUGGUCCAGAUGUUUGAUAUGUUGGCAGUGCGACUCGGCGACCGGCUCGAGCUGGGCGACCCGCUGCGGGUGCCAGACCUGUUGCUGGUGCUGCGCAUCCCCAGUUUCAUACAGUCCGCUGCGGACUACAAAACGCUCCAGAACAGCCUUCCCGUAGUGGAUGGAUACCGCAUUGGCUGCUCUACGCCAGACAGGCACCUGGGCUCGGCCGGAAACUUCAAGCUAGCCCGCAGCUGGCUCGACGACUGCUCUCAGCACCACAAACACUGCUCAACGACGGCACAUACAAAAUUGCCACCUCAGCUGCCGACGCGCGUAAUUGACGUGACCUGCUCGCCGGCCAGGAUUGUGCACGCCGUGGACAUUAACAAAGGCCGGCCAGACCAUGGGUGUGCUGAGUACGUGGCCCUCAGCCACUGCUGGGGACGGCCGCCCAUCAAGACUCUGUUAAAAUCGACGACGAUCAAGGAAUACACGACUGGCAUCCCUGAGCAGGACCUGCCGCGCAACUUCCGGGAUGCCAUCACAGUGACACGCAAUCUUGGCGUAUCCUACGUGUGGAUCGACUCUCUCUGCAUCAUCCAGGAUUCAGUCAACGACUGGCGGUAUGAGUCGGUGCGGAUGGGCGCGCUGUAUAGCCGGGCGACAUUCUCGCUGCUGGCCAUGGCGGCCGACCAAAGCGGGAAAGGGCAUCUCAAUGAGGUGCCCUGGUCCAUUGUCCCGGCGUGCACUGUGCCCUUCGACACGGAUGCGGGUACAGCCACCCUCCAAGUAUCGCCCAUCUACCAAGACAGCGAGAACUUGCGUCAGCUCAGCGACACGGCGCCUCUGAGUGUCCGUGGCUGGACCCUGCAAGAAGUUGUGUUUUCGGCACGCAUCUUGUUUUACGGCGCCCACCAAAUCUACUGGUUCUGCACCGAGGGCGGCUACAAGUCGGCCGAGUCGCUGCCGGACGGCAUCUUGUAUCCGCAUAACAAGUAUCCGAGCAUCGCGUCGGCCUACUUUGGGGAGGAUACCACGGCGACACCGACACCAGCACCGCUGUCGAUGGCGUCCGCGCCCACCGUUGCCGCCUCCACCACGGAAGCCAUCCUGACCGACUUUUACCACUUCGUCGAGUCGUAUGCCCGGCGCACCUUGACCUUUGGCACCGACAAGUUCCCGGCCGUGGCCAGUUUUGCUCAGAAUGUGGACCGCGCCAUCAAGCGCAGCCAGAGCCAGAGCCGGGGGCCGGGCAAACCGGUCGACUACUCGUACGUGGCCGGCAUAUGGACCGGUGACUUUCGGCGCGGCCUGCUGUUCUGCCCCGACGGCAUGCACGCCCCGCACGUGCUGCAAACGAACGAAAAGGACGGGCUGUACCGUGCGCCGUCGUGGUCGUGGGCCGUGACGGAUGCACCCAUCAUCUUCUUGGCCGCGCAGACGCCCUUGACAGGCACGCCGAGUCCACUGAAUGCCCAGCUGCUGUCGUGGUCCGCGCGCCCACGCGACCCCAACAACGCGUUUGGUGCUAUUGACGGCGCCCGCAUCGUCGUCAAGGGACGAGUGUGUCGGCUGCGGCGGAGUGCCACGCACUUUAUCGGGGCCUAUACGUGGGACAAGGACGAGGAGCAGGGGUCGGCAUGGUUUGACGACCAGCCGACUGUGGGUGCCGGGCCCGACUUGCUGUCCACAGCCAAUGGCAGCUGCAUUGUCUUUGAUGGAAAGACAGAGGAGGAUACCGACGGUGAAGACACGUUCCUUUGCACAUAUUAUGCGCCAGGCACGACGACAGGUGCAGACAGCAACAAGCAGACGGUGGCGCCAAAUGUCAAAGACUAUGAGAAGCAAGAGUAUACGCUGCUGAUGGUCGACCUGGGCCAAGCAGACGACGAAAAGCAGGUGAAGAACAAAGUGGAUAGAAUUGAUGGGGGCAGUAACGACAGCAGUGAUGACGACGGCUUCGACAAUGACUUUGACGAUGAUGGCGAUUUCAGCGGCGAUGAAGACUGGGAUAUGGCCGAAAAGUUGAUUCACUGUCUGAUUCUGCGACAAGCAGCAGCCAUGGUGUACGAACGAGUUGGUGUCGUCAUUCUCGACUGGAAGAGCCGCAGUCGCGUCAACCACUGGCGUGAAGAGACCAUGUCACUUGUCUAG